AUGGAUUCGGAAGACGAGAAAAGCGACUUCACCCUCAUCGUUGAAGGCCGCAGGAUUCCUGUUGUCAAGGAAAAACUAGCGGAACGGUUUAUUCUCCCUCUCUCAUAAAUGAAAAAUGAAAAAGCUCAGCUCUCCUGUCUUCCGUGCCAUGUUCAGUGACGAGGGAGCCGGUGAAGCUGAGAUGGUUCGUUAUUCUUCUUAUUUUUUUAUUUAAGAAAAAAGCCAUUCAACAUGCGGUUUUAGUCGAUUAACUGUGAAUAGACUAACUUUGAAAUUCCUUGUGUUUUCCUGGUGAGAUAAAAAUAUUCCUGGUGAGAUAAAAAUUGGAAUAGAACGAACAGAAAUACAAACCGCUGAAUUCCCAUAAAUAAUCAGAAAAGAAACAUUCAACUCUCAAAAUUUUUAAGCCAAAAAAGCUAUUCCAAAUGCGGUUCCUAAAAAAUCAUAUUGAGAAUAUUACCACCACCAUUACCUUAGGCCAAAAACCAGAAAAAUAAGCAAAUUUAUUCCCAUCAACCGCGUACGCGCACGCUACGCAUCCCGCCCCCUUCUCCGCCUCCUUCGCCUUUAGACUCGGCAUGGAUUGACUAUAGCACUUUCGAAUCAAAAAAGCCGUUCCAAAUGCGCGGCCCUUGUUCAGACGAGCGCAAUCAUCGAGGACAUGCAUUUCGACGUGGCCGAGCUGUUGGUCAACGGCUUCAGCGGAAAGAAUCGUCCUCCGGUCGAAACGAUCCGAGAUCUUUUCGUCGCUGCCGACCGCUACCAGAUCGAACAGCUGAAGAAGAAGGCCGAGCGCAUGCUCAUCGCCGACCUCACUCCGAAUAACGUCGAGAGCUACCUCGACAUGGCCGAACUCUUGAACGCUCGCAUCUUGAUGCGGCGCUCGGUCAAGGUGUACUAUAUUCAAAUAUUAUCUCACCUACCCUCUAAAUCUUGAGAAGAAGCACGCUCGAUAGCACUUUCCCUUCAGGACCAUUUCGGAAAUUAUGAAACAAUUCGUUUUUUUUAAAUCUACGAACUGGAUAGGCGCACACUUGUUCUGCGCCAUUUGGGUUUUUAAAGGCAUAGGGGCAGUAAAAAACGGUGUUUCAGUUCAAAUCAGUACUUUGUAAAGUUUUUCAUUGCGAAUCGAACGGUAAACUUGGGAACGUACCGAACUUCCUAGUUUUGAAGAAAAAAUACUUCAAAAUCGGAGAAAGGAAAGCUUGAGUUCCCGCGAAAAGUGCGCUUUGCAGUAAAGUUGCUCUAUGGACAACAGGCUUCGCCACCUUCCGGAUUUUCGCUUUUUUCUUCGUUCCUUACAAAUUUCAAUUUUUUCUGUUGUUACCAAAGUUCUUUUCGUCACAACAGCUUUCUAUUCAUGUAUAAUUUUCAAACUUUGAUCGCAAAAAUGCUUUUCUGGUGAAAAAAGAUGAUUUUACACUGGUUUCGAUUGGGAUAGCGUUAAUUUGUGUUUUCUUUAUUAUCACUGCGUGUUUUCUGUUUUCUUAAUCGAUUUUCAGAGAAGAAACCAUUCAUUUGAAGCAGAUAUCCGGUUAUUUAUCACAAAAUGCGAGUCUAAUGAGACGUCCGCAACAUCGCGUGCACAGCUACUGUAAUCAGUUGUCUGAACACCGAUCCAAAGCUUUUUUCAAAAUUAAAGGCGCGAAAGUGAAAUUGCGUUUUUCUUCUAGAGAUGUCACAUUUGUAAUUUUUUUGAGUACACCGUUGGAUUCGCAAAGAAAAACUAUACAAGAUACUGCUUUCACCUGAAACCCCAUUUUUUACUGCCCCUAUGCCUUUAAGCUUGUUUAUCGACUUACGAGGGAAGUGUGUAAGGUGAGCAUCGCAUAUAUGGUUCGAACUUCUGUGGAAGGUAUUUUCAGUUAUGAGCAUUCGAAAACAAAAAGAAUUAUUCAUAUGGUGCUAAGAAAUAGCUUAUCGAAAAUGUACAGUAAAAGCUCAAAACGAAUUAUCUUUGGGUUUUUUUCUUCUCAGUACUCUAUGGCGCUUAGCAUAUAAUUCUUUCUGUUUCCAAGUACUCAUACCUGGGACUAUCAUUCAUAGAAAUUAAGACCUGAUCUGCGAUGUUCACCUCCUACACUUUCCUUGUUAGUUUCCAAAUUUAAUUAUUUGACGUAACGUAAGUAAAAACCGGUCAAGCUCUCCAUCGACUCUCUCGAAUUUCGUGUGUUGGGACGAAAGAGCUGAAUUUCAGAAGAUCCUGGAAUACUGGAUUGAGAGUCGCAGACCGGUGAAGGACCAGAAGGAGCUGGUGGAGCGUGUCGCCGCGUUAACCUUCGGCAACAAGUUCCGAGUCAGCUUCUCGGUCCUGAAAGGCGUUCUCUGGGCAACCAACCAAACUCAGUUCGAGGAGUUGAAGGAGACGUGCAUCGAGCGGCUCAUCGGCAUCAUGUCAGCGGAGAACGUCUACGACAUGACCGUCUUGGCCUACUCUUGCAAUGCGCCUAUCCUCAAGACCAAGGCUACCGAGGUGGGGACUUCGCGACGUUUUUUUCCUGACUCGAUGAAGUCAUGAACUAGGAGUGAUAGCGUCAAAGGUCUCUAACUUGUAGAAUGACGUCAUCACCUACUGAUAAAUUCUCAAGUUCGUUCGCUUCAUUGAGGAACAGUUAUGAAUUCCCACAAAAGUCCUUGUGUCGGUCUCAAUUAAGCUUAUAAAAUAAUGGUAAAAAUCGAAAAGGGUCAUUUUCUCAUGUUCAAAUGGGCUCUAAUGACAAAAAAAAUAUGAGAUUAAAAUACUUUAUAGGCCGCGAAUACGAUUUACGGAACGUGGGGACCCGGAAGAAACAGUAAGAAAACUCGCUUGGCUCGUCACCAUGCGUUCCGCGAGCCACGCCUCUAA